AGCAGAUCAGUCAUAACUCAUACACAAACAUAUACAUAUAUGUACUCUUCAGUGCCUAAGUAUUAAUAUUAAUAAUCUAGGAAAAAUUCUUUCCUUUUUUCUUUCUUCUUUUUGUUUUUAAGUUCAUGGCGGCCGGAGACUCAGCCUCCACCUCUCUAGAACACACCCCAACUUGGGCGCUUGCCACCGUAUGCUUCUUCAUCGUCUUCGUUUCCGUUAUACUUGAGCAUUCCAUCCAUCUCCUCACCAACUGGCUUAGGAGACAUGGAAAAACUGCUUUGUAUGAUGCCGUGGGGAGGCUUAAAUCAGAGCUUAUGCUUCUGGGGUUCACGUCUCUUCUGCUAGCAGUAACUCAAGAUACCAUCUCAAAGAUUUGUGUACCCUCUAAGGUGGCGAAUACGAUGCUCCCGUGUCGCAGAGAGUUCGUUACAGCAGGGACUGAGUCCUUAGCGGUCUUCAUGCACUCGUUUAAUCGAGCGUCUGCAGAUUUGAUAAUGGCUGAUUAUACAAAUUUCAGUGAUAGUAUAAACUUACACAAGUUGUAUAGUCGAAGAUUGGCUGACGAAGACGCUGGUGAUGGCAGCAGCGGUGGAGUUUCUGGGACAGCCAAGAACACUGAUGCCGCUGAUUCUUGCAGCUCAAAAGGAAAAGUUUCAUUAGUAACGGAGAAAGCGAUGCAGCAGCUGCAAAUUUUCAUUUUUGUGCUAGCAGUUACACAGAUUGUGUACAGCGUCCUCACCAUGGCAUUAGGAAGGGCCAAAAUGAGGAGUUGGAAAGCUUGGGAGAAAGAAACUCAAUCAACAGACUACCAGAUUGCAAAUGAUCCAAAUAGAUUUAGAUUCACAAGACAGACGACGUUUGCAAGACGCCACAAUACUUGCACAGAGACAGCAAGUCAACUGUGGAUAAAAUGUUUUUUCAGGCAAUUCUUCAAUUCCGUGGCAAAAGUUGAUUACUUCACCCUCAGACAUGGCUUUAUCAUGGUCACGAUCAUAUCCCAAUUCCGCUUCCUACUUUCUACAUUUCUAAUCACAAAACUGAAAAGAAUACGCAUCGGGAGCAAGAAAGUCUUAUUUUUUGUGAUUUUGCAGGCUCAUUUCUCUGCCAGGCUGAACAACUUCAAUUUCCAGAAGUACAUAGAGCGUUCCCUGGACGAAGAUUUCAAAGUUGUUGUCAGCAUCAGCCCUUUUAUGUGGUUUCUCGUUGUUAUCUUCAUGCUUGUCGAUGUUCACGGUUGGCAUUCAUAUCUUUGGAUAUCAUAUGUUCCACUGUUGAUAGUUCUAGUACUUGGAACUAAACUGGAAGUGAUUGUUGCAAAGAUGGCCCUUCAACUCAAAAAUCAGAACAACGUCGUUAUAGGAGCCCCACUGGUGCAACUCAACGAUGAUCUCUUCUGGUUUAGGCGGCCAAGAUUCGUAUUACAUCUCUUGCAUUUGACACUUUUUGUGAAUGCUUUUGAGCUGGCUUUUUUCAUUUGGGUCGCUAUACAGUUUGGGCUCGAUUCUUGUUACCACGAGCACACGGUGAUUAUAAUCACCAGAACAGUGAUGGCGGUGGCAGUCCAGGUUCUUUGCAGUUACAUUACUCUUCCCCUUUAUGCACUUGUGACACAGAUGGGUUCAGAAUUCAAAGGCGAAAUACUGAAGGAACAAAUAGCACAAGUUUUGAAGCAAUGGCAUUCUGAGGUGAGGGACAGGAGAAAGAACCGAGAACGUGGACUCAUCCAGCAUCCUCCUACUGUUACGGCAACUCACAGGGGGGCCAACAAUAGUUACAGUAAAUUUGAUCCACACAACGCUUCUACUUCAUCGCCUGUUGAAGAAAAUCAUGUGUCGAGCAUAAGUGAAAUCAUGGAGGAACAAGCAGAACCAAGCUGAGAGAAUGCAGAAAUUCAUAAGUUCCUGAGCUGCUCAGAGAAUAAGGAUUUCUUGUAAAUAUUUACAGGCAAAGAAGGGUAUUAAAAUGUUGUAUUUUUGGGGAUUAUUAAUUUGGACGUAAAUUCAUGUGAAUUAAUCUGAUAUAACUGACAUAAGUGUAUAGGGAAAGUGCUGAUCAAAUGUUACUCUGAGGGCAAAACAUCAGAAGUAUGAAUCACAGAACCUGUCUGGUGAAUGUGUAGUACAGAAUUAGACAAGAAGACAACUCCACAAUUAUCUGUGAAGACUAAUGAAUUUUGUCUUCAUCAGCUGAAAAAAUGGAGCGCAUGUGAAUGAUUUUGAAGGUUCCAUAACUCAAGACCACAACUGCCAUUUUCAAGGGACCCCCCACAUUUAUUCUCAGUAUUCCUUUCCUCUCAUUUAUUGAUUCCUUUUUCACUACCACCACAACCCAUCAUCGUCAUCCUUCAGCUUCAUUAUUGAAUCUUUAUAUGCUACAAGCAACCAGCACCCACAAAUAAAGAAGAAAACAGAAGAGGAAAAUGGUGUUCAUGGCAGCAGAGAAGUGUGUGAUAUGCCUGAUAGGGGCCAUGGAUCGCCUCUGGUUUCACCAAAUCAUUCUUUUCCAAGAACCCUCUUUAUGCCCACUUCCUGAAAAUCCUAAAACACCUCAACCCACCUCAGAAUCUCCACAGAAAUCAUCAAAAAACAGCUCCCAUAUGUCAGUUAUAUCAGAGCAAGAAAUUUCACCACUAACUUCUGUGAUCAUCAGUAGUCUACAGGUGAGUAGAGUACGUAUAGCUAUAAUUUGCAUCUCUUCACCCUCCCACCCAUUCACACACACACACACAUAGGGGUGUGACUGAUGAAACUCACAAACAGCUGGUGUGCGUUUUCUUUUCUGUUGAAUGAUUACCAUAUUUAAGGAUGAGACGAGCAGCCAAGACAGUGAAACUACUCAUGAUGAGGAAAGAAAAACCAGGUUCAAUCUUGCUCCCAUCAAAACCAGGUUUCUCUCAUCCUCACCAAAA